CGUCGUCGCCCUUCCUUUCUGGUCUAUUUCUCGUUUGAUCUGCCUCACUGUCCGCGACCUCCGUACUGAAUUCCACGACUCUGUAAUACUCAAGCUUCCCCUGCGGCUGCGUUUCACUACCUGGUUUCCUGGACUUCGUUUCUAGUCCUCACGCCAUGGGCGUACAGUUCGGGUCCUUCGACUCCAUCUGCCAGACCGCCGCGCUCGUCAUAUGCCCGCUGAUUGGCUCGAGCCAGGGCAUAGAGCCCACCUGCUAUAGCAGAAAUGUGGAGUUCUCUGGGACGCUGAUUUUCCAGCCUGCGACAUGCGCCAUUCACAUUGUCGCUAUUAUCAUGACCGCAAUCAUGAUCUUCCAUAUUCGAAGUAAAUACACAGCAGUCGGGCGCAAGGAAAUCCUCAUGUUCUUCUAUCUUUAUGCCAUCAUCGAGCUUCUCGCUUUGUUCCUCGACUCCGGUGUCAUUCCCACCGCGAAUGUCAGCUAUCCGUACUUUGCAGCCGCAUACACAGGAUUUGUGGCAGCUGCAUAUGUCGCACUUCUCAUCAACGGCUUCGUCGGUUUCCAGUUCGCGGAGGAUGGCACGCCGGUCUCGCUGUGGUUGCUCCGCAUAGCCAUCCUCGUUGUCUUCGGCGUGUCGUUCUUUGUGGCCAUCGCGACAUUUAAGAACGUCGCGAGCUUUAGCUACACGAAGCCGAUCGGGCUCUGGAUCAUCUACAUUCUCUGGCCAUUGGUCUGCGUCGUCAUCUACACCGUAUCGCAGCUUAUCCUCGUCUUGCGCACGCUCGAGGACCGCUGGCCGAUCGGCGACAUCGUCUUCGGCGCGGCGUUCUUCACUGUUGCCCAGGUGCUUCUGUUCGCGUUCAGCGUCACGAUCUGCAACGCGAUAAAGCACUAUAUCGAUGGCCUCUUCUUCUUCACAUUGUGCAUGCUUCUCAGCGUGAUGAUGGUAUACAAGUACUGGGAUAGUAUUACGCGUGAAGACCUCGAGUUCUCGGUUGGCUCCAAGGCGACGGUAUGGGAGGUCAAGGACCCGUUACUUGCUGGUGGAUACGACUACGAGGACGAUGCUACGAGCAACUACCAUGGUGGCGGCAACACUGCAAGCCUUGUGGGUGGUGUCAGUGGUAAGCAGCUGUAUGGCAAUGUUGGGCAGGGGCGCAGUUACCCACCACCUAUGGAGAGAUAUUGAACAGGGCUGUGGACAAUUGUGCAGGACUUUGAACUUUUGCAUUGUAUACACCUCAGCUAAUGACAGAACUGCACAUGUAACAUUUGUUCACUUUGAUGGAGACUUGUCUUCAAUUCAUACACCACUAAAA